AUGAAAUAGUACACGUGUUAAGAUAUUUCUCAUGAAAAUGAUGAUAUCUAAGGACAUUGUUUAAAUUUUAGAUGCAAAGAUUCAAAAUCUUAAUUUUGUCUUUAAUGUGCUGCUGAUCCAAUCAAACACACUAAUUGUAAAAAAGAUCUAAAAGGAUUUGGUUAAAUUUUUAAUCUUAUUAACAAAUCAAAAGAAAAUCUUAAUAAUUUAGCAGAUUAAUUGAAUAAAUCCUUUGCUUAAGUUAAAACUAAAUUUGAAGAAUAUUAAAAAGAAAUUGAAAAAAUGAAAAAAUAAUUAAUUAAGAUAUCUGAAUAUUUAUCAUAAUAAGAAUAUCAAUAAAUUAAAGAAAAUUUAUAGUAGAUUAAGGAAUGGUAUCAAUAUUUGAAUUCUUAAAAUGAGAUCACUAAGUAGAAUUAAAUUGGUACUUUUAUAGAAUUUAAUAUUUAUAGGAACUUAAUUAAUUAACAUUAAAAGAAUGAUAAAUGCAUUUAAUUAAGAUCAAGAAUAAUAAUUAUAAUCCAAAAAUUUAGAUGUAAAACAAGAUUUUGAUAUUAAACUUCAAUAAGGUAUUUCAUCCAAUAAAUAAUCAAUUAGGAAUAGAAUUAUUAAAUGAAUAGAAAUGGCAAUAAGCAUAGGAACUUUUAUAAGAAAGUUUAAAGUAAUUACAGAAACAAUAAUCAUUUGCUACAUUCUUUUAAUGUACUUUAUUAUAAAUAUAUUUUAAAGCUAUUUCAUUAUUUUAAAUGAAUCAAUGUUCUAAAGCAGUUAACUUAUAAGAUUAAGCUAAAAAAAUAAAUAAUAACUUCUAUAUAGAUUUAUUGAAUUAUUCAGAAUUAGAAUUAAAUAAGAAUGCCAAAAAUAAAUUUAUCUUAAUAGCAAAAAGUAUAUUCUAAUAUUUUCAUUUUUCAAGGUUAUGCAUUAAAUGAUUAAAAGUAAUAUGAGUCAGCUAUUUAAUUAUGUGAUUUAAUAUUGAAUGAAGAACCGUAAAAUCUCCAUGCUUUAAACUUAAAAGGUAAUAUGUUAUUAUAAAGAUUUUAUUUUAUAGGCAUUUCAUUAGAUAAUUUAUAAAAAUACAAUGAAGCAAUUAUUUGCUAUGACAAGGCAAUACAAAUAGAUCCUAAUUAUGCCCUUGCCUAUAACAAUAAAGGUUUAUAUAUAAUUUGAUUUUAAUAGGCGAUUCAUUACAUUAUUUAUAAAAAUACAAUGAUGCAAUUAAUUGCUAUGACUAGGCAAUACAAAUAGAUCCUAAUUAUGUCAUUGCCUAUAACAAUAAAGGUUUAUAUAUAAUUUGAUUUUAUUAGGCAUUUCAUUACAUUAUUUAUAAAAAUACAAUGAUGCAAUUAAUUGCUAUGACUAGGCAAUACAAAUAGAUCCUAAUUAUGCCAAAGCCUAUUACAAUAAAGGUUU